GCUGAGCCCAUAAAGAUUAAAGCGCUGUGUGAAAAGUUUGCAGUCGCGCUGUGAAAAUGGGAAAAUUUGCAAUCAUUUCGGUUGCAAUAGCAGCACUUUCGGUGCUGCUCGGAGAGAGGGUCCUCAAUAUUAGCAAAAGGCACCUCAUUUUCAGGGAGAUUGGCAACAAACAUCUCCCCAACUGCGUGGCGCUCAGAAAGAUAGAACAUGGGUCGGAGGAUAUAACCAUUGUGGGAGACGGCCUUGCCUUUAUCAGCGGUGGACUCAAAUUUCCUGGAUUCCCAUCCUCGGAUGAGCCUGGAAAAAUCUACACCCUUGAUCUCAAAGAUCCUAAUCUGAAACCGGUGGAGCUGCGUAUGCCAAGGAACUUUGAUUUGGAGUCAUUCAACCCCCAUGGCAUCAGCGUAUACACAGAUCCAAGUGAUGGUUCAGUCUACUUGUUCGUUGUUAAUCAUCCUCAGUUUGGAAGCCAAAUUGAGAUCUUCAAAUAUGUGGCAGAUGGCUCCUCCCUAGAUCAUAUUAAAACCAUAAAGCAUGAGCUACUGAACAGUGUGAAUGAUAUUGUUGCAGUAGGGGUUGAGAGUUUUUAUGCCACCAACGAUCACUACUUCAACAACGAACUCCUGAAAACAUUGGAAGUUAUUUUGCUUAUGCCUUGGACCAAUGUCGUGUACUACAGUCCUAAGGAAGUGAAGGUAGUCUCUGAUGGCUAUCACUUUGCCAAUGGCAUCAAUAUGUCUCCAGACCAAAGGUACAUAUAUGUGGCAAACAUAUUAAACCACAGUGUGAAUGUAUUGGAGAAGAAAAAAGACAACACACUGACACCAAUAAAGUCUGUGCCUCUGGGUUCACUCUGUGACAACGUCGAAGUGGAUCCUGAAACCGGCGACCUUUGGCUGGGCUGUCACAUUAAUGCAAAGAAGCUUUUCCUGUUUGAUCCCAAAGACCCUCCAGGCUCAGAGGUCAUCCGCAUCCAGAACAUUCUGUCAGAUGAACCCGUGGUGACACAGGUGUAUACAGAUGAUGGCAAUGUGCUCAUGGGAUCUUCGGUGGCAACUGUCUACGGGGGGAAGCUUCUCAUAGGGACCGUGUUUCAUAAAGCGUUGUGUUGUGAUUUAAAAUAGGCAAAUGGAGGUGAUUAACCUCUCAACUGUCUCACCUCAAAACAUUUGCAUGUCCAUGAGGACAGCGGUGUCCUCAUGACGGUAAAAGGUUUAAAUAAGGAAGUUUAGCCAAUAAAAUGGAAAUCAGGAUAUACCUCUAUGGUUAGACGGAGUGGUGAUGAUUUUAAUGGUGAUGUGCUGCAGGGUUUUCUCCUUACAAAGUCUUCUGAAAAUACACUUGAAAGGAUCUGAUAAAAGAAAGCCUCUCCAAGUAGGUGCUUACUGAGCCACACAGCUGAAAAAAAAAAAUUUACAAGUGAAUUUUCUUUUUUUUUUUUUCUCCUUUAGUGUUGGGCAGUAAUUCAGUCAUUUCAAAUAUAUGGGUAGAUUAUUCAGGUUAUUAGUUUGUGUUCAUUAAAAAUGAUCUUUUCGGUGAAAAUGUGGGUUUUGGGUUGUUUGUUAUGGUUUAAUCACUGUAAUUUUUAUAAUUAAAAUAAAAAAGCUCUUAAAAGUA